AUUCUAUCGACCAGCCACCACAACCUUUUUGUCGAUAUCUCUGCAGUUCUAUUUGCAAAUUUUGAAGAACAACGAAAUAAGAUAUCUAACUACAAGCAUAUUGACACAUAUUGACGCUGCAAGGCGUACCUUCGUUUCCCCCGCCCAUCAGCAUCCGUUUUUGUUGUUGUUGUUGUUGUUCUUCCUGUCUGAUUGACGCAUCUAUCGCAAAAAUUGUACGAAGUUUGCGUCGAGUCCACGGGUAAAGAUGGCCAGCGAGCCAGAAAACAAACCGCCCAUACUACAUAUUUUGGUUGUUGGCUUCCAUCACAAGCUCGGCUGUCAGGUGGAGUUCUCGCAUCCGCCGCUUGUCGCCGGCUCAAGUGGCCGCAACGAAUGUCCCUCCGGCUGGAAAUACUUACCCACGCUGGCCCUGCCAGAUGGCUCGCACAAUUUCAUGGAGGACACCGUGUUCUUCAAUUUGCCCAGCCUAUUUGAGCCAGCCGCCAGCAUUUACGGUGUAUCGUGCUAUCGUCAAAUUCCCGUAGAGAAACUCAAGAUACGCACCGCAGACGUGACUCGCAGCACCGUACAAAAGUCAGUGUGCAUACUGGCACGUCUGCCCAUCUAUGGUUACAUUGAGGUGAAACUGGCGCUCAUCGCCGACGCCUUCUUCGACCAGGGCGACUUUAGCUGCACUGAGCUUCUGGUCAAGGCAUAUCAACAGCUGAAUGCCUGCCUGCUGGACGAGGAGACGCACCGCCCGUUGCGCCACUUCCACGUGGGCCUCUCGCUGCGCGAGAUUGUGCUGCACUGGCGCCACAAGAGCCUGAUGCUCUUCAAGCUCUUGCUGUUGCAGAGGCGUGUCGUCUGCUUCGGCUCGCCCGUGCGCGGCAUGUGUGUACUCAUACUGGGCAUGGCCUCGCUGAUACCACGUUUGCUGGAGAAGGGAUUCCAGGAGGUGGCCUGUGUGCGCACUUCGCGCCCGCUAUCGCCCAUGCCCGACUUUACCGACUCGCUCCAGCGCGAGGCUGAAGCCGUUGCCGAAGCCGAGAUUGAAGCUGAUGUCGUCGCAGAGGCCGAAGAUCUAACGGUGGUCUCGUCGGCAGCCUCGGCUGGCUCUCAGUGCUGCAACAGCAGCGGCAACACCUCGCCGCAUACAACUCCCAACUCACAGUCCCACGACUCCAGCUGCCCGACCACAACGCCAACGCACAACGAGCUGCAGCGCGUCGACUCGACGGAGAGCGGCACCAGCGCAGGCGGAGCCAGUAAACGGAAUGGACGCAGCAGCUCACUGACUCGCGAGGCAAGCGUCGACACAUUGGCCUCUAAUCUUGCCGCACUGUGCGCCAUAAAUCCUGACGAAUAUCGUGCACCUGUCAGCAUCUUUGCCAGCGGCAACCUCUGCCUGCCCUACUUGUCGCUACCGUACAUGGACCUGCUCAGCGAUCCCAUGGUGCUCUCCUAUAUUAUUGGCACCUCCAAUGUGCUGUUUCAGCAAAAGCGCCAGCUGGCCGAUGUGCUCGUCGACAUCGAAGCCGCUAAUUUGGAUGUCCAUGAUCCGGAGCUGCGGCGGCAGCUGGUGCUCAGCACAGAGGACCUGCGCUUCAUGGACUACAUACUGAAGCAUGUACAAACGCCCAAAGAGGAUGCCGAAGGUAGCGAGUAUUGGAUACGUGAACAGUUCCAGGGCUACAUACUGGCACUGCUACGCGCCGCGGUGGCACCUGACAUCAAGGACAAUGAUCACUUUAAUCCGCACUUCAUGAGCGCCUUCAAGCGCACACAAUGCUACCAGGAGUGGUUCGAUGUGCGACCCGAUCCCGAAUUUUUCGAAGCGCUGCCCGCUGGUCAUCCAUUUUCGGGCACGCUGUCCGUGGCGGACAUGAAGCUGAAGCUGGCGCAAACCAUGCAGAAUAGCGAAAGUGGACGUAAGAUUAAUCAGGCUGUUAACAACACGAGCCGAGCUGUAGGCGGCGCCAUCUCACAGGCCAAGGGAGCCCUCUCCAGCUGGUGGUCCUCCAUUACGACUGCGCCGGCCAACAGCACGGGCGGCAUGGCCUCCGGGUCUGGUGCUGAUAGCGACAGCAAUCAAAAUCACAGUCAUAUGGAGGACAGCAUCGAUGGCGGCGCUGGACCGUCGCAACAGCCGCAGGAGAUCUCAGUUACAUUCCAAAACCACAAGGACGAGGCGGAGCUUGACGUGGCUGGCGUGAGCAUACACAUGGCCAGCCAGCUAAGCGAGGAUAGUCUGGAGGAGGCACAGGAAUCGCCGCAAAAGUCUCAGGGCAUUGUCGAAAUUGGCAGGGAGGCCGAGCUGCUGGACAAGGUCAGCCAAGGGGAGCCAGCGACGACAGCAACGCCUGCCCAGGCGCAAACUCAAUCUCAGUCACUGCGUUCUGGAUGUGGCAGCGACCUAGCUCUCUCCAACGUUGCAUCAUCCACUGUCGACCACAAUAAUGGUGAUGUCUUUAUUGUUUGAGCUGAGCCAUCAUUGGCAUAAACGAC